CAGGAGAAUUUGUAUCUGGUCUUGAUCAGUAAUGGAGUGCAACUUGAUGACCGCGCGUGCAAGACGCGAUAACGCGUAAAUUGUGAUGUCUUCACUGGAAGGAAACGAUUCACUAUGGCAAGAGCGAAAGCAGUAAAUCGACAGAGUGAUAAAUAGCGGAAGACGCGUAUCAUGCAGGACAGAGGCUCAUCAGAAUCUGAUUGAACAACGCUCUGUUUCCCUUGGGAGUCAUGAUUCCUCCACUGCCACAAGCUGCGCUGGACGCAAAUCCCGCGUUCGCUAGGGUAUGGCAGCAUGUCACAACAGAGGUUCUCGAAGACGAUGGGUCAAGGAGAGCAACGAACGAGGUGAGGACGCGGAGAUGGAAGGAGAGUGUGAGUGCCAAGCGACGUGGAUUGGAAGGUUCAGCAGAACAUGAAGAUGGACAGGACGUAGACGAACAUACGCACUGUUCGAGUGGGAGCCAGGCUAAGGACGUGAGAUUCGAAGAUGAGUUGAAGAAAGCCAGAGUGGCAAGGGUGAGCAUGGGGCUUUUGAGAGAAAUACUGCGAGAUAUCGCGUUUGUGGAUCAUUCUGGUCAAGUACAGGACGACGGCGGAGAAGUGCUGAGCACGGGAUCCGAGACAGGUGUGGCACGGCAGAAGAAAUCAGGUUCAUCGAGCAAGUUGGCUGGAUUGAAGGAUGCUAUGCUGAUCAUCUCCGCGUACAUCGAUGCAUGUUCAUCUGGAUCCGGGUCGAGCCAGGACCUUGCAGAUGGAAGCCUCUUAUUGGAAGACGAUAUAGCGCUGUUCAAAGAGAACAUCGAUAUUAUUGCAGACGCCGUGGGAACGAGACUUGUCGAGCUUGAGCAGGAGAUAUCCGAUAUUGCUGCGCACGCAGACUCAAACGAGACGGACACGCAACAUGGAAACACAGACACCAUCAUCACCGAUGCAGUCGACAGAUCAGCACAUGGACGGGCACCAGCACAGAUACCACAGCAGCAAUCCCUGGUCUCGACCAUCACGACACAACAAGCCCACCUCGCCGCCCUGAACAAUAUACUUCCCACAACCCUAACAACCCUCUCAUCAACCCUUACAUCACUCCAGAGUCUCCACCGCGACACGCUGUCUCAGCGAAUCCGCACCCUCGAAGCAAGCAAGCACGGCGUCCUAUCGCGCUGGACCUCCUCCCGCGCCCAGUUCCUAACGAGCGUCGCGACUGCCAUGAGUCUGAAAACGAGGAUACUCGUGCUGGAAGAGCAGAACAAGGUCGAGAACAGUCUCCACACGGCGGGCAUCGUGGAGAGAAUGAAUAGUCUACACGAGCAAGAGACAAAUCUCGAUGGGAGGAUUGAGCAAUUGUCAGACCUGCUGGGACAGUACGAGACGCUCGAUUCGGAUCCGCGGCGUGGAGUUGAUGUGUUGAGGACGCUUGGAAUCCGCUAUGGUGAGAUUGAGAAGGAGAUUGAACUUGUGAGAGAGGAUAUUGAACAACUCACUCGACAGCCGGGGCGGGAGUGUCGACGAUAACGAUAGACACUGCAGCACAGAACAGAACAUAACAGAAUGCACUCUCACAUACGUUACAGU